UUUACAGACGUCUUUGAAGGUAACAUGGCAGGCUGUAUUUUUACUCCAGCCCCCGUCGGCCUCGGCUCAACUUCCUGCCAGCCAUAACUUCACUGUACACAACACAGAAGGACAGUGUUCACACUAGCGGCUUCUCACACCUGAUGAACACAGAGCAGACUGGUCAUGACUCAGCAGGAGCAGCAGGAGUUCAGGGAGAGCCUGGAGGUGGCCCAUUCCUGGAUGCGUGCCAUCCAGGAGAGACUGAGGGCCAGUGACAACACACAGGGGUCCCGUGAUGCCCUGGAGGCUCGACUCAGAGAAACAGAGAAAAUCAAUCAGUCACAGCAUGAAGGUCGUGUGAAGAUGGACAUGGCGCUGGUGGCGGCCGAAAAGCUUUUGCAGAGCGGAGAUGAAGAGCUGAAGAACCACACCCACGCUAAGCUCAAAGACCUGAAAAGCCUGUGGGAGGAGACCUGCACCUAUAUCAUCCACUGUCACAGUCGGAUCGAGUGGGUGUGGCUCCACUGGAGCGAAUACCUGAAGGCCUACGACGAGUUUGAGUUGUGGCUGAUGAGGCAGCAGCGCAGCCUGGAUGUCAGGGUGGAGCUUCAACUGGGGCUAAAAGAGAAGCUUUGGCAGGUGGACCAGCAGAGGGUGGUGGUGAGCGACAUCCACAGCCAGGCCACACUGCUCGAGAGGCUGCUGGACGAGGCUGCUGCACUGCACAACAGAACCCAGGACCCUAGUGUGGAGCCCCAGGCCCAAGAGAGGCUGCAGGAGGCCUACAAUGAUGUCAGAGACAGAGCCGAGGAGCGUCUGACACUGCUUCAGAAGAUUGCUGAGGAGCACCAGAGGUACCAAAGCUCCGUUCAGACGUUCCAGUCCUGGCUGGUGUCAAAAACCAAGGAGCUAACUGAUCUAAUGGAGAAGGUGGAUUCGGCUGAGAACAAGCUCAAAGCCUUACAAGCUCUGGAUGACAGCGUGGCUGGCGAGGAGAAGAACCUGCAGCAUAUUGAGAAUGUAGCAGAGGCAGUGAGGGCUAACACCUCUCCCGCCGGGGCGGAGGUGGUGGUGGAGGAGGCCGAGGAGUUGAGACUUGGCUGGCAGAGACUGAGGCAGGGCCUCUGUGAGGCCGAGGAGGGCCUGCGCUCCAGCCUGGACUCCCACAGUCAGUACAUAACCAGGUGCCAGCGUCUGGGAGAAGACAUUGGCCGCCUCAGGGUGAUGAUGCACAAGUUGGACCAGGAACUGGAGGGGAACCGGGAGGCCGGGGACCACACUGAACGCACUGAAGAGCAGAUGGUGGGCCAGUGGAAGAAAUAUACAGGUGUGAGGAACACUCUGGCAGGGGAGGAGUCCCAAGUCGAACUUCUCAAGGCUCAACUGAAGGAGCUCUUUAGGUUCUCAGAGGAUUCACGACACCUUUCUGAUGAUGUCCUGGCUGUUGUCAAAGAACAUCAGAGUGUGAAAUGCAGAGCGACAAGACUAUGUUCAGAGUCUGAGUCAGGGCUGAGAAACAUUCUCCAGGACCCGUUGCUGGUCUACGCCCAGUGGAGCCACAUGGUCUCUCAGGUGUUAGAGGCUUCUGCUGAGGUUACUGAUUUCUCCCACAUCGCCAUGUUGGUCCAGAACAUAGAGCAUUUGUUGAAGGGCAGUGUCCAGCUACAAGAGCGUUUCAGUCUGCUGCAGCAGAAAGGGGACUUGCUGGACUCUGUAUUCGGUCCUGAGAGGUCCGAUGGCCUGCAGGAUGAGCUGAGUACCGCCGUCAGGAACAGGGAGCUGUUGCACACCCAGCUGCUGCAGAGGAAGAGCAGACUACAGGGCUUAAUCUCAAGAACUAAGGACUUUGUUGAUGCCUAUGAACUGAUUCUUUCCAAACUGGCCAGUCUCCAGGACCGGCUGGUGGCAGCUGACGGCCCCCAACCGGAUAUCCUGGCUAAAAAAAGCCAGUCUGACCAAUUCAGGGUGAUCCAGAAGGACCUGGAGGACUGUGAAGCCCAUAUCGUAGCACUGGAGACUCUGGUCUCAUCCAGUCAGACCAACAGGACUCAGUUUGAAAGGCUCUAUGCUGACUGGAAACAUCUGCACAAGGCAGUAAAGUUGAAGGUGCAUGAAAGUGAGGAGAGCAUCAUAGACCAUGAGAGCUUCCAUGACAGUCUGCUGAACAUAGAGAAGUGGCUGAUGAUCAUGAAGCAGAAGCUGGAAUCCUUCCAUAGCCCUUCAGGAGAGUGGAGCAUAGAAGGCCGCCAUCAUGAAGCUCAGAGGGCACUGGAAGAGUUUCCAGAGAAGGAGCUUCAGCUACAGCAGAUGGAGGUUCAGGGACAGGGGGUUUUAAAGAAGACUUCAGAGGAGGGACAGGUCCAUAUUCUGCGAGACAUGAAGCGCCUACGAGAGUCCUGGUUGGCACUGUACAGCAUGAGUCUCAACCUACACAGGCUGCUGAACAGCUCUACAGAGCAAACAGAGUCCGGCUCAUGGAAAGCUGGAGGCCUCUCUGGAGACAACACAUCCCUAACAACAGAGCUCAUUCCAGGGAUUGGGGACAAUCAGUCCAGGGCAGGAAGUUCCAGGAGCCAGAGAGGCCAACAAGGCAAAGUAGCACAGAUGUAUGGAGCCUUGGCUGGCUCUUGGGCUGGAAGAGAAGGGAGCCUGGAGGGAGAGGCAGGAGAGGGGGUAGUGACAGGGCAGGGUGGGUGGAACCAGGGCCAUGGUGAAGGUCACCUCACUCUGACUGGACAGGACGACGAAUAUCUUGGCCCAGCAAGGACAGGUAACGACAGCGGGUUCUCCUUCAAAGGAGACGAAGUGGAUUCCUCUGCUUGGACUAUACGCAACAGAGGAGGCCAGAAGGGCACCAAACAUUCUAUCACUCUUGGAAGCCCCGACAGUGAUAAAUCAACAGGGGGCGACAGCAGCAUCUUGGUCAGAGACAAAGGGGCAUCAGCCUUUACCACAAAGGUCAGCUAUGGUGACGAAGGAAGAAUGAGCUCUGGAGAAGGCAACAAGGAGAUAGGGGAAGGCCUGAGCCCAGGAGGAGGCGCGUUCAUGCUGUUCAGAAGGGACCCAGCCAACCAACCAUCAACAACGCCAGUGCAACACACAACGGGAGACACAGGAGAGUACAUAUCCAGGAGGAGGGAGUUUGAGGCCUGGCUGUCCAAAGAGAACAAAUUGCUCUCGGGGAUCCUCAACACCAAGGGAACAACACUCAGUGCCAAAGAAGUCAAGCUUCAGCGGGAAACCCUCAAGGCUCUGAGGGAAGGAGUGUCCUGGGGUCAGAAGCAAUUUCAGCUGUUGCUCCAGGAGGGUCGGGGCAGCGAGGCUGGUUCUCAGCCAGUAGAAGAUCUGGAGGAACUUCGCUACCGCUGGAUGCUCUACAAGUCCAAACUGAAAGAUGGGGGAGAUGUCAGGGCCAGGACCAGUGUCAAGAGAUUGCAAGAGGAAGCACCCAUCGAAGCAAAGGUGCAAAAGAAGCCCAGCCUGUUGCAGCGGGUGUGUCGGCUGGCUCUUCCUCUGUGGCUUCUCCUCCUGGCUCUGUUGCUGCUGGCCUUCCUGCUGCCCCUCAUGGAUGAAGGCAACAGCUGCUCCCUCUCGAACAACUUCGCCCGAUCCUUCAACAUCAUGCUGCGCUACGACGGACCACCACCUACAUAGGAAAUCUCCAAGAUCGAGUAAUGUCUCAUCUCGUUUUUUUCUAAAGCAGUUUAUGUGACUAUAAUGGACCACGGCUUAAGCUGGACGCGUUGACUUGACUUGACAUGUUGCCCUGCCUUUUGCUCAUCAUGUGUGACUUCAGCACACUACAAAUAGGGCCACAAGGCUGUGCAGGUUCACACUCUAUGUUCCUUUGCAAGAAAUCUUAUACUUCCUAUAAAAUCACUCUUCUUACUUAAAUAACUUUGCUAAUACCACUACUACUACUAAAACCACUGCUACUAAGAGGCACCCAGAUCUAUGAAGGAAACCACAACCUGGAGUAGCACGCACAUCUGCAAAUGACAAAUCCCACAUUAUCCUAGGACAACGGCAUCAAAUGUCAGCUCAGCUGAACCUCCCAUCCGAUUCAUCUUUGCAUCUUAAAAAUCAUGGUCUUUUUUUUAACUAUGUAUCAUACAAUGUACAUAUCUAUGACAAAGUAUGAACAGGACUCCAAUAAUCCAGCAGGACUACAAAGUCCAUGCUUAUUUAAAAAGUUUCUAAGUAUUAUGUAACUAGACCAUAGAAGCUGUAACAUCUGUAAACCAAAGUCAUUUUUUGUCAUCGUUUAGCCAACACUUUAAAUAUGGUUGUCAGCUUUUAUCUACUGAAGACUAAAUCCUGUUCAUCUGAACAUCAGCAGUAGACCAGUAGCCUGAUCACACUUAUGAAGGGGCAGGACACACUCUCAUUGCUAUAGUACAUAAAAACAUUCAGUCUUUUGCAUCUCAAAAUAACAUAUAGAAAGUGUGUUAAUAUUUAACAGCAUGGAUGUUUAUUGUUAAAAAAACAGACCAACUUGUCACAACAAGAAACCUUGUUUUUACAAAGCACAGUGAUAAGAACGUAUAAGGUUUUGUUAUGUAAUAGAAAGAAAUAACGUCUUCAUUGUUAAAACAGUAAUUUGGUACGCAGCAGCAGAAGUGAUGGAAAAUAUGCCAUAACGUUAAAAUAUCUUUUGGAAUCAUGAAAUCAUUAUAGUGAGAAGCUUUAGCAGGCACUGCACUGCACAUGUGGUGAGAGUUGUAAAGCCGUGGUCGAUAGACGCAUGGAACGAGUACUAGAAGAUCCAAGUCAAGACUACAACAACAGAACUGGACAUGAGUCUCGCAUCUUCCAAACUAACAAAGCAGCUAUACCCACCUCAUGGGUAGAAACCCGCCGUGAACACAGACUGGAUACAGACUUUUCUGUGGUAAAGCGACCUUCCGCUAAUGACAUGUAGCAGCUAAGUAGCUAGUUUGCAAAGACCUACGAAGUGCAGCUUUAUAUUUUAAAUUGUGAUGUUUCAUCUCUUUAAAGAUUUUAAGGCCAAAAAUUGAAAUUGUGUGUUAUUUAUAAUUUAUAAAUUCUAAUAGUUUGAAAUCAACCGGGAUUGUGACUGUGCAUUCAUACUGAGAGCAACUCAGUGAGAGAGGAUCUUGAACAGGCAUCACGUAUUUUCAUCAUCAUCAUGUUGAUGCUGUUUCUAAGGGGCUUUAGUGGUCCAUGAAGUGCUCACUCCAUCCUCUGUAUUGUCAUAUACACUACAUAGGGAAAAGUAUUGGGACACACCUUUUUUGUGGUUGAAUUCAGGUGUGAUGUGGGGCUGUUUUUCAGCUUUACUUCCAGUGAAGUGAAAUCUUAAUGCUUCAGCAUACCAAAACAUUUUGGACAAUGCUAUGCCCCCAACCCUGUGGCAGCAGGCCAGGGAAGGCCCCCUUCUGCCCUAGCAUGACUGCGCCACACCACACAAAGCCCACACAAAGGUCCACAAAGACAUGGUGGGAUGAGUCUGAUGAAGAAGAACCCGACCGGAGCCUUGACUCAACCGCAUCAAACACCCCAGGACAAACCAGAACACAGACCAUGAGCCAGCCACCCCCCAUCCAGCACCAGUGUCUGACCCCAGAAAUGCUCCACUAUUUAAAUGGGCAAAAAUUCCCAUAGAAAUGCUCCAAAAUCCCUUAGAGAAAACCUUCCCAGAAGAGCAGAAGCUGCCACAGCCACAGAGGUGGGAUAAACUCCACACCAGUGUCUAUGCAAUCAGAAUGCAGUGUCAUCAAAUCCACAUUGCUGUAAUGUCCACAACUGUCCACACAAUUGGAAUGUAAAGGCUGGAAAUUUGGUAGUAUGUGUCACAAAAUGUCAAAGUGAUUUUGAAUGUGUUUUUAUGAGUUCAGCUCAAAGCUUUCGCAGUGAGGCGGCUCACACCUGCUGAAGGACGAGAUGCUUACUCAUGUUGCUCACAGUGUGGAGGCACAGAUGUGGUUGGAUGACUCAGUAACAAUUUAGCUGAAUCAGUACAAAUGAAGAUUCAUAAGCACAUAUUAGAAAGAUAUGUUUAUUCUUCUGAUAAUGAUGAUUGAUGAACCUGUCUUGAUUUUGUCUUUAGAAUGUUUGAUUUUUUUUUUUUUUUUUUUUGUGGUCUUGAAUGUAAGCUUUAGAUUUUAAAACCUUUAUUUUUAUCCUGUUAGCACUGCUCUCAUGACAGCUGAUUUACUUACACAGGAAUAAGAAGGUGUCUCUGAUUGUCAUAACGUAGGUCUAUAUAUAUAUACAAGUUAGUUUUCUUCUGUUCCUCCUGUGUACCUGUUUGAACUGUACUAUCUCAUGAAAGCUGUCGAUCCGUUUCUUUUCUGGAGGUGCUAUUUUGUCUUGAACAACAUGACCUGUCUUUUUCACAGCCCAAAUCCACCCAUGAAAACCAUUAGAAAGCAGCCUGCCACGGCCCCUGACAUUUUAUUAGACCACAGAGUGCUCUUGAUACCGGUGCCUGAGCUGUAAACCUUGGCAAUCCCAGCCCCCAAAUAACUUGUAGUUGUGUUUUUUUUUAAAAUCUCUUUUCACUUUUCACUUUUCACACCACGCACACCCCUAAAAAUACCCACACAGACUCACACGCUCAGUUACUUUCCCUUUUUUGGCCGAGUUCAUGUUUAUUAUUGAGUUGUCGUGCUGCCUUGGCAACAGUGACCACAUGAAUUUAAUCUGUUACAGCAACAGUCUUUGUUUGCUACAGAGUUGGUGAUAUUCCAGUAAGGAAAUGAAGGCCUCGCUGAAAAGACUGUGCGUGACAGGUAGCUUCCACACCUCUUACACCGUGUUUUUUAUUGGCAUUAAAGGAAAAGUGUUACAUUUUUUUUUAUGAAGGAACGUUGCGCUGUUCAUUCCGCACUGUUCACAUUCUAGCAGGAAAAUAGCUUUUCAGCCAAAGCAUUAAAAGCACUGACUGUUGAGGUGAGUAACCCUGAUCAUCUUGUUACCACGCAGUGUUCUGCUGUAAAAACACAGGGUCACAUCUUCUUCAUAUCAUUAUGAUUAUUAAUAAUGUACUGUAUAUCUUAUUUAUAGUCAGACCCUGAUUAGUCAAGCGACCGACAUCAUCUAGUAAAAAGCCUGAACUUAACUGUCCUGUCAGCUGUUGGCUGGUUUUAAGUCCAUCCAUCCAUCCAUCUUCUUCCGCUUUAUCCGGGACCGGGUCGCGGGGGCAGCAGCUUGAGCAGGGAUACCCAGACUUCCCUCUCCCCAGACACUUCCUCCAGCUCUUCCGGGUGGACCCCAAGGCGUUUCCAGGCCAGCUGAGUGACAUAGUCCCUCCAGCGUGUCCUGGGUCUUCCUCGGGGCCUCCUCCCGGUGGGGUAUGCCCGGAACACCUCCCCAAGGAGGCGUCCAGGGGGCGUUUUAAGUGCCAAGUCAAAUACUUCUUUAACUGUUUGACUGGCUGACACGUUGGGUGUUAAAUUGGGUGGUUUCUGAGGUUUCUUUAAACGCAUAACGAACAAGACAGAGAUGAAGAAAACACGAUGGUGAGCUUACCACCAGAUUUCCCACAUCUUAAGGUUUUGGAUUCUAAGAAAAUCGCGGUUAGGUAAACCAUAACUCAUUUGCUAACAACCCCACCGGUGUGUACAGCAGAACAUUAUUUUGAUGAUGACUUUAAAUGUGUAAAUAUGUUACAUGUAAGAUUACAUAUUCUUGAAGACAUACAGUUGUUAUCAUGGCCUUAAAGCUUUAUGUAUACAGUCUAUGUUAAUCAGCUGUACUGAGUGCCAUAACCACAUAUAUUUAGUCAAAGUGUGACUUUGUAAAGCACUUGCAGCCAAUGUACUGUCAAACACUUAUAUAACCAAGUUAAAUAUAAGGUUCAGACCUGUUGUGUGAGUUCAUGCUGGACUAUAUAUAUAGAUCCAAUAUUUCUGCUUAUUGCACUGCUCUUUUAUUAUGCAUGUGUCCUUUAAAGAAGCCUAUGCAAUGCCGGGCUCCAAUCGUUCUUUACUGUGUUCACUGAUAACGUAUGCAACAUAUGACAUGACUUGAAUCUCCUGAGCACAACUGGUUGCUUAGACACAAUGUGUGUGUGUGUGUGGCAAAUAUACAGGAGAAAUACCGUUGGAAUAGUUUGAGUACACUGUCUGUACACAUGACCGCAGAUGAAUACCUCCAUCUCACUGCUCUGAGAUGGAGGUAUUCAUUAUGAAAAUGCAGGUAAUGAUUGACAAGUGAGAGCUUUUUAUGUAAAAGGGUACAGUUCUAUUUUAUUAACUUUUUGAAACAAAAUGUAGAGCUUCAUAUUAUUCAAAAGAGCUUGUCAUUAACCAAGCUUGUCAUUUUUUUUAUUAUUAUUAUUAUUAUUCAGAUGAAAUAAAAAUGCAUUUUAAUUAUUCAGAUAUAGUGAAAUCUGUUGUUUGUGUGUGCUUUGUUUCAAGACUAAGUGACUGGAGCACUGAGAGACCGUCUAGCCCAUUGUUGAUGUUGCUCUUUUUAUGCCAUUUAUUGACAAUGAAAAAUAUGUGUGUGGUGUGUGUGUUUAGAGAUUCUUGCAUGGACCGAUUCAGUCAGAUUGUUCUACAGUACCUCUACUGAUGUAAUGUGCACUCCUCUAAAGACAUUUUUUAUAACUGUUAGCACAUGCUUGAGUCAGAUUGCCAUUAUUUAUUGUCCCUAUAUGAAUAAGGAUGCUGAUAUAUCAUUCUAAUCCCAGUUUACGGUGUAAAUCUGUUUCCUUUCUGUAUUAUUUGAUGUAUCCUGUUACUACCUCCUGCUACUAUAGUCCACUUUCUCCAGAGACAUCAUUACCUUUUCAUCAUCUAAUCUACAUGCCUGUGUGUGUUUGUUCAGUGUGUUUGUACUUCCAUUCAAUGUGUGCAGCCUCCUACGCUGCUCUCACCUCACUCUCCCAGCCCGGCCCAUCGAGCUGUGCUGCAAUCUGGAGCUCACACUCUGCCAAGUACAUGGAGCAAAAAUACCAGCACAGUCCAAAGAAGGUUCCAGUCCUCACCAGUCUGCCAUGUUUUUCUUUUCUAGUUCUUACGCUAAUAUAACCAAGCCACAGGGUUAUUCAAUUGGUCAGUAAAUCAGUCAGUAAAAGACUUUCACAUUUUGUCUUCAACAAACAGCCUGAUCAGUUCCUCAGUGAAAUUAGUUUUUUGUUGUUUUAACGCUGAAAAAAAGUAGUAUAUGAUGCAACUAAGUAAGUAUUGUUAUGGUAGUGUAUGAUACAUGAUACAUUUAUGUUUUUGGUGGAGCACCUCAUGACGAUCAGUGUUUUGGCUUUCAGAGGUGGGUGCGGCACCUGUCAUCAAAUUCAUCAUCGUCACUGAUAUACUGAGUAGUCAUUUUAUCAUAGUCCAACAAAACAAUUUUCAGUGCAAAUGUCUCAUUAUAAAUGCACUAUUCCUACUUAAUGUAAUUUGUAGAUACUUAAAGAAAUAGCCCAACAUUUGGGUAAUCUGUUUAUUUUCUUUCAUUCCAAUAUAAAUUGCACAUCUCUUUUGGAAUCUUCAAGUAGCAGUGGGCAACACCAGCAUGUGUCAUGGUUUAAAUAACAAUGGAAAGCACCCUAUAGCUUCCCUCAGUGUUUGUGUCUGUAUAUGUGGCAUGGAGGUUGCACAUGGCUGUCCAACAGCCUUAAAAAGUACCACAAUAAUGUUAACAGCGAAGAGGACCAAAGAGAAUAUGACAUUGCGUCAUAUCCCCUUAAACCUUCAAAAAUCACGACUUUCUUUCUGCUUGGGCAUAUCUUAUUCUUUUAUUUUUAAGGACAGAAGCACUUGACAUAAUAUAGAUCCUUUAUAGUACUCAGCUUGAGUAAAAGUUACUUAAUCUUACUGUAGUAUUCAAUACCAAUGGUUUUUGAUAGAGAAUAAAGAGUAGCUGUAUAUUAA